AUGUGGGGCAAGGCGUGGAACAAGGGCACCAAGACCGGCAAGGGCGGCAAGAGCAUCGCCAAAGGCGCGGACCGAUCGCAGGAGAUGUGGACCGGAGCGACUUGGAAUCAGGGCGGAAAGGGGACAUGGGCUUCAGCUUCGGCAGCUCCGGAGCGCUACGCCGGUUCCGGUAGCUACGACUACGACGCCUACGCAGCAGCCCCGGCGGCAGGCAAAGGCUGGGAAGGGUCUGCGAGCGGCAAAGGCAAAGAACAGACAAGUGGAAAGGGCAAAGAGUGGGUGGCCCGGUUGGAAGGCAAGUACGCACUCGCCAAGACCGUCCUGCGACCCUACGCAGACGAGCGAGGGCAAGCAGUGUACGCCCAGGGCUCGGUGCUGGACUUCUUCGACAAGCACCACAUGCGCCAGAUCAUCGACUCUCGCAACUCCGAGCUUGCGCGGAGGCCGGCCAUAGGAAUGUCGGUGGUCAGCAGCUCCAUGCUCGCGCUGACCGGUCUCUUCGAAGAAGAGGAGACAGAGGAGGAUCGCAAGUUCCACGGGGCGUUGCAAAAUCUACGCAGCCUCUUCGCCGGGGAGGACGGCGCAGCCUUCAAGAAAGCCUGCGAGAUCCUCUCCAAGGAUCGCAUGCAAGCUUUGGAGGCCUGCACGCUCGCAAAUGCGCUCGGCAACUGGAGCAGCAAGGUGCCCACCACCGUCGCCAACGAGGCGUCUCUCUCUCGCUGGCAAUCGUCGCCGAAGACCCUGAAGCUGCUGAUAGACUACCUGGUGGAAGCAUUCGGGCAGCGUCAGACGGACGAUGCAGCCUGGAAGCGGACCUACGGCGGAUGGGGCGGCGACAGCGAUGAGGAGCUGGACGACAGCGGCGCCGGCGGGCUCGCCUGGGGCAUCCGGGCGCCGGAGGACGGGAGACACGCACGGAAGAGCAAGAUUUCCUCCAGCUCGAGCUCGAAGCGCCACCGCAAGGCCGCCAAGCGCGAGGAGAAGCGCAAGCACAAGAAGGAGGCCAGGUCCACGGACGAGAACCAGCCGACCAAGUUGUUGGCGAAGACGAAGGCCAACGAGGGCGAUGAGGAGAAGACAACGGCGAAGGUGAAGGCUCACAAGAAGCUCGAGGCAAAAGACAAGAAGUCGAGCGAGACGUCCGCAUCCUCGAGCUCCAGGCGUCGACGCAAGGCCGCAAAGCGUGCAGAGCGGCGCGAGGAGAAGCGACAGCUCAGAAAGGUUGCCAAAGCCGCGCACAAGGAUGGGGAGCGUGAGAUCGCGGAGACAUCGGAGGUCGGCGAUGACGAGAGGCUCGUCCUCGGAGUGGAUGACGCCGCCGUCGCGAGCGAGGCCAUUUUAUUCCGGCAGCGACGCGUAGAGAAGCAUAAAUUAGAAACAGGCUGUGUAGUAUGUAUUCUCGCCGCUUCCCGGCAGGAAAUGGACGCGCAGAUGACCAACGAGAAUCCGUGA